CAUUUGGUGUCUUCAUAAAAGGGUGUCUUAGGGUUCUCCAACUCUCUAGUUUUGGGGUACUUUUAUACCCCGUUUCCCUUUGUGCACGCAGGCUUGAAAGCACAAGACAUUCAGUUUUAUCCAUUGUUUGUUUUUUGCUUUUCUGAGGUAGGGUCUCACUCUAGCUCAGGCUCACCCAGAAUUUACUCUAACCCCAGGCUGGCCUCGAACUCACAGGGAUCCUCCUACCUCGGCCUGCUGGGAUUAAGGCGUGCACUAUCAAGUCUGGCAGUCAUUUUAAGUGAAGAUCUGACACUUUUUCUUCCCUGCAUGUCCUUUCUGUAAUUCUCUUUGAGCUUAAAUCCACAAACGGGGUGGCAUUCUGAGCCAGGAGGUAAAGAAGUUGGUUUGGGAGUGACAGAGGAGUUUGCCCCCGCAGGGAGUGGCUGGUGUCCCUCCCUGUAUCCUUGCACAAUGCCCCUGUCCCGCUGGCUGAGAUCUGUGGGGGUCCUCUUGCUGCCAACCCCUUGCUGGGCACCCCGGGAAAGAUGGCUGGGUUCCCUUAGAAGGCCCUCUGUGGUGUUGGGGUGUCCAGUACUGGGGUCCUGGCACAGUAGUGCCUGCUGCUGGUGCCAAGUGUGGACAGAGGAGCGUCGAGCCUUUUGCUCCUCUUUCACAAUGAACGGAAACCAGAAACUGGAUGCUUAUAACCAAGAAAAGCAGAAUUUCAUCCAGCACUUCUCCCAGAUUGUCAAGGUUCUCACUGAGGGGGAGCUAGGACACCCAGAGACAGGAGAUGCCAUUAGCCGGCUGAAGGAGGUCCUGGAGUACAAUGCCCUCGGAGGCAAGUACAACCGCGGCCUGACAGUGCUGCUGACGGCGCGGGAGCUGGUGGAGCCCAGCGAGCUGGACGCCAGCGGCCUCCAGAGGGCCCUGACCGUGGGCUGGUGUGUGGAGCUGCUCCAGGCUUUCUUUCUGGUGUCAGAUGACAUCAUGGAUUCCUCCCUCACCCGUAGGGGGCAGAUCUGCUGGUAUCAGAAGCCAGGCAUAGGUUUGGACGCCAUCAACGAUGCUCUGCUCCUGGAAGCAUGUAUUUACCGCCUGCUGAAGUUCUACUGCCGGGAGCAGCCCUACUACCUGAACCUGCUGGAGCUGUUCCUGCAGAGUUCCUAUCAGACCGAGAUCGGGCAGACCCUGGACCUCAUCACAGCACCCCAGGGUCACACAGAUCUUGACAGAUACACCGAAAAGAGGUACAAAUCUAUUGUGAAGUAUAAGACCGCUUUCUACUCCUUCUACCUGCCCGUCGCGGCCGCCAUGUACAUGGCCGGGAUUGACGGGGAGAAGGAGCAUGCCAACGCCAAGAAGAUCCUGUUGGAGAUGGGCGAGUUCUUCCAGGUCCAGGAUGAUUACCUUGACCUCUUUGGGGACCCCAGUGUGACGGGGAAAGUUGGCACUGACAUCCAGGACAACAAGUGCAGCUGGCUGGUGGUCCAGUGUCUCCAGCGGGCUUCCCCGGAGCAGCGCCAGAUCUUGCAGGAGAAUUACGGGCAGAAGGACCCGGAGAAAGUGGCACGGGUGAAGGCCCUGUACGAGGAGCUCGACCUGCCCGCUGCGUUCCUGAAGUAUGAGGAAGAUAGUUACAGCCGCCUCCUGCAUCUCAUCGAGCAGUAUGCUGCACCCCUGCCGCCAGCCAUCUUCCUGGAACUGGCAAAAAAGAUCUACAAGCGGAAAAACUGACUUAGAGCCUUUCAGGGCUCUGGAGAGAGGGCUCUAAAUAAAUUAUUGUUUAACUCUC